CUCUCUCUCUUUCUCUCUCUCGCCGUGCGUUCUCAUUAAACGUAACGAGCGUUCACGCCGCACGCGUAACGUCUUUCAACGGUAAGGUGCGUUUACGCCGCCAACGCGCUUUCUAUCGUGUGCGAAAAGCGUCCUUAGAAGACGUCAAGUUAAUCGCGGCCGCCGGGCAGACACGCUCUCUGCCGUAAUGCCAGGCGAUUUAUUUAAAACGCAUGUGCAUAUGUGUCUGAUUCGUACAUGUAAUUCCCAUCUGCGAUCUGAAUAUGUGAAAUCGCAAAAAUUAUUUACUUUUGCUACGAGAAGGCAUUUUAAACCGAGCUGAUAGUUUAUUCGCAAUAUCAGUCAGUAGCAUCGUUGCGCCAUGAAAACUUCAAUACUUUUGUUGACAAUUACGUAAACAAAAAUGAUGACGAACAAGAAGAAACUUCUGGCGCGAUCCCUGUUGUAUACCGUUGAAAUUAUGAUCGGGCGAAGAGAUGAAGAAGGAAAAGGAGAAGAAAAGAAAUUACGGUCAUGCAUCCGAUAAAAUUCCGCGUUGCACGACGCGAAAUUAUUUAAGAUAAACUGCUCUUCGAAGACUUGCCGCUCAUACUUCGUCCGGAGGGGAAGAUAUCGAAAUGCUGCUGGCUCCCCGGCAUUCCUUAACCGAGCGGAGUAUAGUCGUAAAAAGAACGAGACUCAGUAUUUUAUGAUAUAACCAAUUUGACUUUCCUGGCACUUCGACCCGAUGAUCCUAGCCACCGCAGGGAAAAAAAUCAGUUCGUCCUUACUUCUAUCCAUUCCUGUACGUUAUGGGAAAUAAUAAUUCAGAAAGUGCUGCCAGCGAACGAUCGGACCGACUUCGUUUAAGAAGAGAGAGAAGCUCGUAUUUUUCCCUCCACACAUUAGAAUGUAAAAAUUCAUUUUCCCCUUUUCGCAAAAAAAAAGAAAUCAAAUAAAAUCAUAGAAAGACGCGCAUGUGCUUGUCUGUAAAUAAUUUGAGUCGAGUGCUGCGCAGUCAAAUCGUCGAGAGGUCCUUCUUCCACGAAUCUGCCCCUUUCCUCCGUCUCUUCAGGUUCGCCCGUCUGAGCGUACCUGAAGCAAGAGUGCGUGUAUAUUCUGGGAACGUAGGUAUUUUCCCGUUUGCGAGUGCACACACAGGCACACGCACACGGAAGAAUGGGACCGGGUGCGUCGUUUCAGACGUAACAUACAGUCGUGCUUUUUGUACGCAACAAGCUCCGGCUCGAUUGUCUCUAAAACCGUCCUCGGCGAAAUGCACGUACUCUUUUUCCGGGUUUCACCGAGCAAUCCCCCGCUUCCCCCGCGCUCUAGCCGUCGCGAAUUCAACCCCUCCAGCAAACCCCAACGCGAUGUUUGGAUAGGUACGCGACCGUUUCUCCAGAGAGUCAUCAACGAAUACGGCGACGACGGCCGCUUACACCGGCAAGAACGAUUUGCGUAAUGGCGUCGCGACACGAACCGUGCAGUGUCAAUGAACGAGUCCGAGGCUCGUUGCGAAAAUAUAAGGAUAUGAUAUCGGGGCUUUUCAAUAAUAAAUUUCACACGCUGUAAAUAUCCCGAAAUAUUUGUGCAAAACUGACUUAGUAUUACAGAAAUAAUAUUGUAUUCUAUUGUGACCUGGAUCCCUCUGAAGAAAAGUUCAUGUUUAAAUUGAUUCCUCUUCUAAAUAUCGUUCAUAUAUGGAUAAUAUUCAAAUGUCGUUAAUUAAAAUUGAUAGCUUAGUAAUUUCUCCAGAUUAAAAUUCAUAAGCAUCGACUCGGGAAACAUUAACCCCGUGACGCCACUUUGCAUUCGUUAGACACAGUCGUGGAGAAAUUUUUUUACAAAACGCCGAGUUCUAUAUCCGGAAAGAUAAUCGAACUCGUUCAGAACUAGUUUCCGGGAGAGUGAAAUUGGCAUUCUCCCCGAGGCCGAGAACGUCGAGAUCCGACGUUAGAUUUUGUCAGGACAUAGGAUAUUAGGCAGCACUGUAGACGCAAAGAGAAAUGCGCAGGAAUUCAGUCUGGAAACUCUCCCUGCCAUACCUCCCGCUUGCUUGAGCCCUCUCGUACAAUCUUGCUGGUUGCAGAUAAGACUAAUUACCAUUAUAUCCAUAGAGAAUAGCUCGUGCAGCAUCAUCCGAGAAUCCUAAUCUAACCUUUAAUAAUAUCGUCGACAGUCAACAAGCUGCGCAGCAGUAUGAGACAUUCCGAGUUGAUCAUAAUUAACGAAGCACAAUAUGGACUUUGAACGAGCUAGAGAAGAAUGUCACUUGGAAUUAUUUAUAAGUGUCCUUUUUAAAAUCACCGACUCGUGGCACAAGUGACAACCUAACUAAUUGUCCACGGUCUAAGUUUUAUAGAAACUUAUAUCUAGUGUUUAUUUGUACAUAACAACGUUAAUUUAACGAAGAGCAAAGUUUGAAAAUUGACUCCGUAUCAUAGCUCGUGUUAACUUCUAUUUACUACGGCGCGGCGUAUCGCGUGUUUAUGCAUGCGGUCUCAGCUUUAAAGAUGAAAUCAUGCGCGGGUAGAACGUGACCCACUGUUAACGUUGUAAAAGACGUAGAACUUGUUUGAACGUAUCGGUAUCCCUGGCAGAAAACGACGAGCGUCUGCUUACUAAUGGCGAGUGGCGCGAAACUUUGGACGGGCGUUAUGAAAAUUUACGGAUUUUAAAUGCCCGCGAACGGGCGUCGGCAUUACAAGUUUUUACCCGGGCGAAACUUCGUCCUCCUUAUCUCCCUUUAUGGUCGAGUGCCGUCCUAGAAAAUGGGGUAACGCGGGUAUCUCGAAGCGGAAACAUCGAUCUCUCCAGGGGGUCGUAAAGACCGCGAGAGGCGCGGGCGAAGACAAAAGUAAAAAAAAGAUAGAGAGAAAAAUGAACAUAAAAAGAGAAAAUAGACGAAGAAAGGAAAUAAUCCCGGAAAUUGAAGUGGACAGGGUUUACCUGCGAAUCAUAUUUCCAUUCUCCGAUAAAGGGAAUCCUCCGUUAGUAGGCCAGUAGGAUAUCGACGCUCUGUAUAUCAAGACGAGAAGAGAGACCGAUUAUUUUGUAUUUUUCUAACAUUGAACUUUCGAGUAGUAAUAGCUUGUAAAGAUAUCCAAGUCACGAAAAAGAGAGAAAAGUGCAUUGCAUCGCAUGCACCGUCAGCAAUUUUAGUGAAUACUAAUAGAGAAAUAUUAUUUCAUGUUCUGAGAGUUUUAAAAGCGACAUCGAUAACUACGUUAUCUUCAGCUAUGUUGAAACGCUCUUCCUAUUAUCCAUUUUCUCAUGCGGUAGAAUAGCGUCUUCUUUCGUUAUCGCUCGGACUUUGACCGUCUAGAAGCGUAACAUUGAAACCGCUCGUUCACGCGGUUGGAAAUAAAUCAAAGCGCGCUGCGAAAUCAGCGAUUUCUCGAAUUAAAUUGCCAGCUUAAUUUAUUUAGUCGUUCGUUGUAUCGGACACCUUUCCGCUGCCGUCCAGGCUGCUAGCGGCGCGCCGCGCCGGUGACAAGGAGAGGCGGCGUCGGCAAAGUUGGUAACUUUAUGCUCCGCUUGUUUAGAUUGGACAGGAAAGCGGUCCCUCCGGUUCUCGCCGAUGUUGGUAAUUUGGCACCGACUUCGGAGCCAACCAGCCGGUACCGUUGACGGUUUAACCGUAAUCACCGAGCACAACGACUUUCCCGAACUCCCAAUCCCAAGAUUGUCCGUGUCGCCAAAGGCGUCCGUGGCGAGCGUGCGCGCGCGCGCGCGCUUGCGAGUGCUCUCUCUCGCGUAGCGCCGAAUCGAUCUCGUGAUCGAGUAGGAAAGACGAGUUCUCUACCCGUGCCAGCUGCUACAUUUGUCGGCCACUUAACCCCAUUGCUCCGUCCCUAAGUCACUUGCGCUCUGCGCGAACGUGUUAUUACCCUGUAAUGCAUGCACACCGCUUAUCGGUUACGCGAUGUUCUUCAAGAUGUUCUUCGGCGAUUAAACACGCCGAAUUGGGAACGAGGUGUUCCCACUUUGUGACAAUCUAAUGCCGGAUAAUUGACGCGUAAAUGGAACGAUAAACGUCUAAGGCGCCAGUAUCUUGACCGCUGUCACGAUCAAUCUUUCUUUAUUCGUUACAUUCAUUGCGCAACGCGUGAAAACGCUUCGACGCCAAUCGCUUUCUCGUCUAAUGAUCUGCUGUCUCGAAAAAUGCCAGCCUCUCGGUGCAGGCAAACUUAAUCUUAAGUUACGACUCGUGACACGUGAAUCGAGCAAAGACAAACAAUCGUUCAGGCGGCAAUUAUGUCAUACGGCAGCAUUAAACGCGAGUUUCCAUUUCAACGUGUGCGCGUUUAUAUCCCGGCUUCAUGGUUUUCGGCUCGCGUAACUCAUCGAGCAGUUAGAAUCACACGCACCGAUCCGACUUGUAGAUAUGUACUCCUCUACCGUAUAUAUUGUCGGCAAAAGCGAUUAGCAAGGCGCGACUGUUUGAGAUGUAGGCGCGCAAAUACGGGCUUAUUGAUUCGCCGCCUAGACACUGACGCUGCGUCGUGAAUAAUCGACGUGAAUAAUCGCCGCGCGUAAAUACGCGCGCGCUUCUUAAUGCGGACGGGACGCGGAACAAAGUAUACCGAGUGCAUUAUUACAGCAGAGGAACGCAAGUGCAUGCAUGUCUGAGCGAAAUCGAUCUGCAGCCGUUCAGCGCGGCAGCAUUAUUCAUUUGUGGUCGCGAAACGCUCGCUUAAAGAAAUUCUCGCGCAAUUUUCGCGCUGUGUCGCCUAACGUGGCAUCCAACUACAGAAUUUCCAGGCGUGAGACACGUAAAUGGAAGCGAACGAUUUCGAGUUCCGAAAUUCAUUAGGGUGCACCGCAUCGAACUCUUAACACGUAUACAGCUGCCAUUUAACCAGCCAUUCACUCUACCGCCACUGCCUUCUAUCCUCUAAUAACUUCCCGAUAGUCGAAACGUCACGAGUUCCAGCGAACGACUAGACUCUGUAUACGCUUCCAAUAACCGCAGGACAGUUGCCAACUGGCGCACAUGUCGUUUUCCAGAAUGCUCCCGUCCGUGAAUUUACUUUGCCGGAUCGCUGUUCGAAGCGAAAUAUAGGCCAGCUCAAUUUUUCAAACUCUUUAAAUGCAUGUCGCGGAACGUCAAUUGGCAAAAAAAAAAAAAAUCACGCUUAAAAGCGCGCAAUUCUAAAUACUCUCUCAACCGUCUCGAGUAUAUUAUUGCUCGUUAUUUUCAUUCGUCACACGAACUCGUCGUAUUAAACAAAUUAUAUAUUUGGAAAUAGUGGCAGUUGCGACGAUAACGAGGAUAAAAAUAGGGGCUUGAGACGAUAAUCACGAUUUAAACCGAGCAAAUCCCAGGAAGGUCUCUCCCCUCGCUCGCUCGGUGCCAUUUGGUAUAUACGUCGAAAAUUUCGUGCCCAACCUUUCGUGGGCUGGUAUAAUUAGCCGCGAAUCCCGCGCUCGCGUUGAGAGAAUGCGAGAGCUCUCUCGGAAUACCGAGGGAACGCUUGCUUGCCUGGCGAGACAACUGGUGGAUCCGAACCACGCGGUAACCUUCAGAUGACAGCGACGACGGGAAGGUGGAAGUCUCACAACGGGGUUUCGUAAGAUGAGCUAUGACGCUACACGGCAAAGUUAGCGGCUUAGCGUCAACGUUUGACAAAUUGUGCGCCUCCACCUCGCGCCAUUGGACGACGGCAAUCUCCAUUCUCUCUGUAUCCGCGGCAAUGACGUACGCCUUUGUCCCGGCUGACGCGCUAUUUUGUUGAAUGGCCACCUUUUCGGGCGUACGACGCGGUCUACGGGCGUAUUAAACAACAAAAGCGUUCCUGGAAGACAGUCCGCGUGAUUCGUAAUUAAUUACGAGUGGUAUAAACACGUCACAAUGAAUCGGGCGAGCUAGACGUCUCGCGCACUUGAUUAAUCGUCACUUACGAGAUCGGUCGAAUCUCAGCAAAAAGGAAAAAAGAAGCAAGAUUCACGCGGUCAUUUGUCGGCACACACAGUCAAUGCUUUUAUACGAAUAUCAGUCUUGAACAAUGCCGCAAACUUCGACCUCCUUAACGAAACUGAUGCGACUUCGAAUAUUUGUUGCUUUACGUCUCGCCGCGUGACAAAAGCGUUACAGAGAGCUAGUCUUUCGCGGAAUACACGUCUCUCUCUCUCUCUUCUCGGGCGAGAGACCUCACUCAAAGAUCCACGUUGGAAGGGCUGCGAAAGGCAGUUAUAACAAGAAGGCGAGAAUCGAAGGGAGAGGAUCCCCGCCUACGCGCGGAAGAUCUAACCGAUAAGGGAACAACGUCAUUAUGUCUUGAUCGCGCUUGCCUCCCGCAGCAUCCAGUGCGCGCAUCCUUUCAUCGCGCACGAUCACGGGUCUUCAUCUCCCCCACGCCCGCAGUUACCCUUAAACCGACGACUGUACGUGUCACCGCGAUCCUCCUCCAUGCGCGCUUGUGUUCGUUCGUCGUCGCUCGUGAGACGCGCUACGUUUCGCAGAACGCAUGUAAGAUUAAUCGUGACGUGCGAAACAGUCCGCUACCCGCGUCAACGCGAACACGUGUUGCCCAUUCCUGCCACUCUACUUGGGUGGUUUCGCGACCGACGGAACGCUCGAUUAACAUCGGGAUAUCUCGAUGUUAUUCACAGCGAAUAACGACGUGACUGUGCGAACAGCACGCGUCCGGUACGCGAUUAUACGCGUCGAGGAAGAAUUAGCUCGGCUUCAUCUCACACGUUUUACAACAGUACUUACAUAACGGUUUGAUAAAAAAAAUAUUUAUAAUGCGAGUUACGUCGUUAAGUAAACAUUUACUCUCGCAUAUCGCAAGAUCUGUUUACGGUUCCUCGCUAAAACUUACAGACAGCAAUUUCUUCGGUUAUACUGUCAGAAUUAUUACGUUGCUUACGAUCGGCGAUAAAAGUCUCGCGCAGAGUUUACCUUGCGAAAAUCGCGUCGUAUAUCUCGUAUUAGCUGGAAAUCGCAAGCCCAGAGCCCAGUUCUCCGGCCGGACGACACCGAGGCUCUUUUCGAGGGAGAGGGGCAUUACAUUCCGUGCGCGCGGCGCGGAGGUUUCGAAACGCGAGUCCAUCGUUGUUUCAACAGACUCAUGGGAAUUGGCGGUACGCGGAGGAGAGGACGAACGUUCCCGAAAUCCGCGUGCGACGGCGGUGGUGGCGGAACUGAAAUAUUAAACGGGAGAGUGCAGGGAUGCGUCCACGUUACACGCGCGCGCACGUCGCGCAACGCGGUCUACCCGCUAUUUCGUUGGACCGCUAUGUACGUGCAUAUUAACCAGUUUCUGGUUAGCAUCGGCUCGCAUGCUGCGGAAUCGUCGCUGCGUGUGUGUGUGCGCGCCUGAUAAAUAUUCUAAUUAGCCGAUGCAGCGGCGAUAUAAUUCGUUUACGCAUUAAUUCUUGCUGCCCGCUGCAUCACAGACUCUCCCCUGACAAUGCGAAACGCACGGUGUCAGUUAUGCGACAGCGUUGGACACUUCGUCUUUAAAAAUUCAUAAUGGAUCAAUACAGCCACGUAAAUAUGUAACGAAAGAUAAAGUCGGAUAAAACCGCAAGAUUAGACCGCUAAAAAUAUCUCGGUCGAUGCUCAAAAUGUUAUAUACAGACGGAAAACAACCCGAAAAUGUGACGAUUUAUCCCUGUGUGUGCCGCGACUCCGACAAGGAGUGACUAUCGAGGUACAUGAAAGAAGGACAUGAACUACUCGCAAGGGAAGGGACGGCUUUAUCCGGCCUACAGUCUAAGUGGCAGCGAGGGUGAGGAUAAUACCUCCAGUUUGCGUAGUCGCGCCUAUCCGCAAAAUAAUCAUCAAACCAGUCAGUCCCACCAUAAUCAUUACAAUACAAAUCAACACAAGCAGCGUGUCUAUCAACAGCAACAACAGCAACAACAUCCCCUGUAUCAUAUGCCCGGCAGCGGUGCCGGGCUCAGCGACACACCGACUUCCGGUAACGCAUCUGACGAAACUCUCACUGAUAGUGACCUUAUCACUGUUGCUCGCGAUUCUGCGCUGCUCGUCCAUAACGGGUGUUUGUUGGACAGUUCGGCACCACGGGGCCCGCCUGAUGUGCCACCCCGUAACCCCGCAAUGAGCCGGCUCAACGGAAGACUGCCAGGAAGUCACGCAGCGAGCGAUCACGAACGCGAUCCUGAUCUCGAACCAUCCUGCCUCGUACGCACCCCAUCCGGUAACUUCUACAAUAUACCAAAGAUACCGAAGAAUGAAUACAACAACAAGAAUCAGUCCACGGGGAACAGUCCAAUAAAGGUGGAGCUGCAGAACAACAUGGACAGAGUACCUUUACCUUACGGGCACGCCCCGUCGAUGAUUCCGAUGAGGAGACAAAGCAUCCGCUGUCAUUUCCGCAAGGGAAUCGAUUGGUGCAGCUGGAAACUAAUUGCCAUAGUAGUAAUUAUGCUCUCGCUCUGCUUGACCGCGGCAUUAACCUACGUAGCAGCGUCGAAUUUAGUGAACUGGUCGUACCAAGGGACGAAGGCAUGCACGGUCCUGGUGGGCGAGAACACCGACGCCAAGCCGUCGUCGAGCGAGGCGAACAAGACGUCCACGUCGUCCACGUCGACGUCGUCGCAAACGAGCGGCAGGACGCGGCAGCCGUCAGGAGGAGGUGCGCGAACCUUCCCGGCGAGGUCCUUCCCGCCUGAUGGAACGACCUUCGCUCAGGUCGGUCUAGGGCAGAAGCUCAGCAAGGAAAUACCACCGUACGGCUACUGGAACAUGCAAUUUUACCAAUCGGAAGCCGCCUACGUUCGCUUCGAUUACAGCAUCCCGCGUGGCGCGAGCAUCGGCGUGUACGCGAGGAGAAACGCGCUGCCCACGCACACGCAGUAUGACCUACUCGAAGUCCUCAGCGGUUUCAAGGCUCGGACCACCAGGGCGUCCCAUGUUAGUGUCAUUCCUUCGAUUAAGAAAGAGGUGACCCAGUACAUGGAGCCGGGACAUUGGUUCCUUUCGCUUUAUAAUGACGACGGAGAUCCUCACGAAGUCUCGUUCAUCGCCGUGAUCGCGGAGGAUAUGACGCACAACUGCCCGAACGGUUGUAGCGGCAAGGGCGAGUGUCUUCUAGGUCAUUGUCAGUGCAAUCCUGGUUUCGGUGGCGAAGAUUGCAGCGAGAGCGUCUGCCCUGUUCUCUGCAGUCAAAGAGGCGAGUACAUAAACGGCGAAUGCCAAUGCAAUCCCGGGUGGAAGGGCAAGGAAUGCUCCCUGCGACACGACGAGUGCGAAGUGCCCGACUGCAACGGCCAUGGUCAUUGCACCAAUGGGAAAUGCAACUGUGUACGUGGCUACAAGGGGAAGUACUGCGAAGAGGUCGACUGUCCGCAUCCGACUUGCUCGGGCCACGGUUUCUGCGCCGAGGGAACGUGCAUCUGUAAAAAGGGCUGGAAAGGAGCCGACUGCAGUCAAACGGACAAGGAGGCACUGCAGUGCCUGCCAGGCUGCAGCAGCCAUGGGACUUUCGAUCUGGAUACUCAGACCUGCCUCUGCGAACCCAUGUGGUCUGGUGAUGAUUGCUCGAAAGAACUGUGCGAUCUUGAUUGCGGCCCUCAUGGGCACUGCGUAGACAACGCUUGUGACUGCUUGCCAGGCUGGUCCGGCGAGCUGUGCAAUCUGAAGCAAUGCGAUCCCCGUUGCAAUGAACACGGACAAUGCAAGAAUGGCACGUGUCUAUGCGUCACCGGAUGGAAUGGAAAACACUGCACGAUGGAGGGCUGUCCGAAUUCCUGUUCCGGUCAUGGACAGUGCAGGGUGUCGAGCGAUGCGCAAUGGGAGUGUCAGUGCUAUAACGGCUGGGACGGCAAGGAUUGCAGCGUGCUCUUAGAACAGAAUUGUAAUGAUGGGCGAGACAACGAUAAAGAUGGUCUCAUUGAUUGUGCCGAUCCAGAAUGUUGCUCCAAUCACAUAUGCCGUAGCAGCCAGCUAUGCGUUUCAGCUCCUAAGCCAAUCGAUAUAUUACUACGAAAACAGCCGCCCGCCAUCACUGCAUCCUUCUUUGAAAGAAUGAAAUUCCUAAUCGACGAGGGCAGUCUGCAGAACUACGCUCGUCAGGAGACCUUCAACGAGAGUAUGUUCUGGAAUCACUUCAACACAAGCCGAUCGGCCGUCAUACGUGGACGCGUUGUCACACAACUCGGCACGGGAUUGAUGGGAGUGCGGGUCAGCACCAGCACGCCGCUGGAAGGCUUUACCCUCACUCGGGACGACGGCUGGUUCGAUCUCCUGGUGAACGGCGGCGGUGCCGUAACUUUGCAAUUCGGCAGAUCACCUUUCAAGCCGCAAAGCCAUAUCGUCUUCGUGCCUUGGAAUGAGGUCGUCAUCAUCGACAAGAUCAUUAUGAGCACCGCUGAGGAGAAGGCACCCAUACACGUUCCGCAUGCGUGCGCGGCUCACGAUUACGAUCUCAUGAAGCCGGUUGUCCUGGCGACUUGGAAACACGGUUUUCAGGGUGCUUGCCCGGACAAGAGUGCCAUUUUAGCGGAAUCGCAAGUCAUACAGGAGAGCUUGCAGAUACCCGGAACGGGCCUAAAUCUGGUAUAUCACAGUUCCCGUGCGGCCGGUUAUCUCUCUACUAUACAAUUGCAGCUGACUCCGGAAGUCAUUCCACCAACGUUGAAUUUGAUACAUUUGAGGAUCACGAUCGAGGGUAUACUCUUUGAGAAAAUCUUCGAAGCCGAUCCCGUGAUCAAAUUUACUUAUGCCUGGAACCGUUUGAACGUUUAUCGCCAACGCGUUUACGGAGUGACGACCGCUAUGGUCAAGGUCGGCUACGAGUACAGCGAUUGCAAAGACGUCAUCUGGGACGUGCAAACGACAAAAUUGAGCGGUCAUGACAUGUCUAUUUCGGAAGUCGGCGGUUGGAAUCUGGACAUUCAUCAUAGGUACAAUUUCCACGAGGGUAUCUUGCAAAAAGGCGACGGCUCGAACAUUUAUCUGAAGCACAAACCGAGAGUUAUUCUUACCACGAUGGGAGAUGGUCAUCAAAGACCAUUAGAUUGCUACGACUGUGACGGGCAAGCUUCCAAACAGCGUCUCUUAGCGCCCGUUGCUCUUGCCACUGCCGCAGAUGGCUCCAUUUUCGUCGGUGAUUUUAAUCUAGUCAGGAAGAUCCUCGUCGAUGGAACAGUUAGAACUGUGGUCAGACUAAAUGCAACCAGAGUAUCAUAUCGUUAUCACAUUGCUCUGAGCCCUCUGGAUGGUGUUCUCUACAUAUCGGAUCCAGAAUCCCAUCAGAUUAUUCGCGUUCGCGAUACUAAUGACUACACGGAUCCUGAUCGUAAUUGGGAGGCAGUAGUCGGCUCCGGGGAACGUUGUCUUCCCGGCGACGAAGCUCACUGUGGUGACGGUGCUCUCGCGCGAGACGCUAAACUCGCUUAUCCCAAGGGCGUUGCAGUUUCUGCAGAUAACGUUCUGUACUUUGCUGAUGGAACGAACAUCCGAAUGGUUGAUAGGGACGGCAUUAUUACCACUGUGAUCGGCAAUCACAUGCACAAAUCGCAUUGGAAGCCGAUACCCUGCGAAGGCACGUUGAAUGUCGAGGAAGUUCAUCUUCGUUGGCCAACCGAAUUAGCGAUCAAUCCUCUGGACAACUCGCUGCACAUGAUCGACGAUCACAUGGUCCUCCAGCUGGCACCGGAUGGUCGCGUUAAAGUCGUCGCUGGUCGUCCACUUCACUGCGCCUCGCCAUCGGCUUCGUUCGACACGGAACUUGCAACUCACGCUACCCUCGUGAUGCCACAGAGUAUUGCUUUCGGUCCGUCUGGCGAUCUCUACAUCGCCGAGAGUGAUUCGCAGAGAAUCAACCGCGUUCGCGUGAUCGGCACCGAUGGCAAGAUAUCACCAUACGCCGGCGCCGAAUCCAAGUGUAACUGUCUGGAACGCGGUUGCGAUUGCUUCGAGGCCGAUCACUACUUGGCGUCCACCUCUAAAUUCAACACCAUAUCCGCGGUAGCGGUUUCGCCCGAUGGAGUGGUACACAUCGGCGACCAGGCCAAUUAUCGAAUCCGCUCGGUGACAGCAAGCAUUCCCGAUGCAAGUGGCGCGCGAGAAUAUGAGAUCUAUGCGCCUGACACGCAGGAGAUCUACGUGUUCAAUCGGUUCGGCCAACACAUUACCACGAAGAAUAUUCUAACGGGCGAGACCGUGUAUAUCUUUACUUACAAUGUCAACACUAGCAACGGUAAGCUCAGUACAGUAACGGACGCGGCUGGCAACAAGGUCUUUUUGCUUAGAGAUUAUAGCAGUCAAGUAAAUUCGAUCGAGAAUACGAAGGGACAAAAAUGCAGACUAAGGAUGUCCAGAAUGAAAAUGCUGCACGAAUUGAGCACGCCCGAUGAUUACAACGUCACCUUCGACUAUCACGGACCUACGGGCUUACUAAAAACAAAGCUUGACAGUACCGGACGUAGUUACGUCUAUAAUUAUGAUGAAUUUGGUAGACUAACGAGCGCAGUAACUCCAACGGGCAAAGUGAUCAGCUUAACGUUCGAUCUCAGUCUGAAAGGUGCCGUAGUAAAAGUUGGACAGAACAACAGGAAACCUAUCUCGAUGCUAAUCAAAGGAUCUUCCGUUGUUACGAAGAUCGGAGAAGCCGAGCAAAGAACAACGGCUCUUGCCGAUGGUUCAGUCGGAAGGGUGACACCGUGGGCUCACACUGUUAGCACCGAUUCGAUGCCGUAUUCGAUUCUGGCGGAGAUCGAGCCUUUACUGGGUGAGAGCUAUCCUGUGCCAGCUAAACAGAGAACGGAAAUCGCUGGGGAUUUAGCUAAUCGCUUCGAAUGGCGAUACUUCCUUCGAAAAGUCCAAGGAAAUAAGAAAUCCAGUAACACGAAGACAAUCGCCCAAGUCGGUAGGAAGCUCCGUGUCAAUGGCGAAAUCCUGCUGUCUCUUGAAUACGAUAGAGAGACGAAUUCUGUGGCAGUGUUUAUGGACGAUCGGGUAGAAUUGUUGAACGUCACAUAUGAUAGAACGGCUAGGCCGGUCAAGUGGGGACCAAGAAACGGCAUCUUUGCCGGUGUUGAGUUGGAAUACGAUCGAUUCAGCAGACUGACAAGUUGGACAUGGGGUGACAUCAGCGAAACUUACGGCUUUGAUAGAUCAGGCCGUUUGUACGAAAUCAAAUACAGCGAUGGUACCUCUAUGGUGUACGCUUUCAAGGAUAUGUUCAGCGUUCUACCGUUGAAGGUCACUACACCGCGUGGAAGCGAUUAUCUUCUUCAAUAUGACGAAGCAGGAGCGUUGCAAUCGUUGACUACACCGAGAGGGCACAUCCAUACGUUCUCUCUUCAAACUUCUCUCGGAUUUUACAAAUAUCAAUACUAUUCACCGAUGAACAGACAUCCUUAUGAAAUUCUUUACAAUGACGAUGGACAGAUUCUCGCCAAGGUGUAUCCCCAUCAAAGCGGAAAGGUUGCUUACGUCUACGAUCAUGCUGGGAAACUCGAAACCACACUUGCUGGUCUCUCCUCAAUACAUUACACCUAUCAAGAAACAACCAGUCUGGUACGUAGCAUUGACAUUAAUGAGCCGAACUUUGAGAUGCGCAUUGAAUACAAGUAUCACGCUGGUAUCGUAAAAGACGAGAAGAUCAAGUUUGGCAGUAAGAGUGGUAUGGAUAAUGCGCAUUACCGUUAUCAGUACGAUGGUAACGCGCGCAUAUCCGGUAUCGAAGUCGAUAUCAACGGCAAACAAUUACCUCAGCUUCGUCUCAAAUACAACCAGAAUCUCGGGGUACUGGAAGGCGUUGGUGAUCUCAGGAUAUACAGAAAUCUCUUCAAUAGAUCGGUCAUGCAAGACAGUAGCAAACAGUUCUUCACGGUCACCGACUAUGAUGAGCACGGACGCGUGAAAACCGUGCUGAUAAACAUCAGAUCGUUCGACGUGUUCCGUAUGGAACUUGAAUAUGAUAAUCGUAAUCGCAUCAAGAUGAGAAAGCUCACGAUCGGAAAGGAAUCGAUGGAGAAGAAGGAAUGGUCCAGGAUGGAGAAAAUUACAUAUAACGCAGACGGUCAUGUGCUGGAGGUGGCGGACACGGAGAAUAAUUGGCAGUACGCAUACGACGAAAAUGGUAACGUGAUCGGCGUGACGGAACAUAACGAGAAGAUUACCUUGGGCUACGACAGCGGCGAUCGUGUGGUUCAGUACGGUGACGUUGAGUUUAAUUCGUAUGAUGGACGCGGCUUCGUCGUAAUUCGCGGAGAGCACAAAUACCGAUACAACUCGCGCGGCCAGCUGAUUCACGCGUCGGAGCACAAGAAAUUCCAAAUCUGGUAUUUCUACGAUGACCGCGGUCGAUUAGUGUCCAUGAACGACGACCGAGAAAAUAUCACUCAGUUCUUCUAUGCGAAUCCAAAGACUCCAGAUUUGAUAACGCAUGUGCACUUCCCGAAAUCGUCCAAGACAUUCCGAUUCCUCUAUGAUUCGCGCGAUUUCCUGAUGACCGUGGAGACGUCCGAGCAACGCUUCUAUGUUGCGACAGAUCAAAAUGGCUCGCCUCUCGCUCUUUUUGAUACCAACGGUAAUCUUAUCAAGGAGAUGCGGCGUACUCCCUUCGGCAAAAUUAUUAAGGACACCAAUCCGGACUUCUAUCUGCCCAUCGAUUUCCACGGAGGUCUCUUCGAUCCUAACACCAAGUUGAUCUAUCUGAACAAGAGGCUCUACGAUCCGACGGUCGGUCAAUGGAUGACACCAGCUUGGGAGCAGAUGGCCAACGAACUCACCACGCCAACUGACAUUUUCAUUUAUCGGUUCCGCAAUAACGAUCCAAUCAACUUUAAACAGAAUGUCGAGUAUAUGACAGAUUUGGGAAGUUGGCUAAAACUAUACGGCUACGAUAUCUCGAUGAUGCUGGGCUCGGAAUACACAAAGCAAAUGGUAUAUCAGCCGAGUGCGAUUGUCACAUCUCCGCAAUUGACUCCAGAUUUCGGUGUGAUGUCCGGCCUGCAAUGCAUCGUAAAUCGCGUGCAGGAAAAGUUCUCCGACUUGGGCUUCGUUCCCAAGCCGUUGUUGAAGUUGGAACCGAAGACACGAAAUCUGUUGCCGCGAGUGGCACAUCGUCGGGCGGUCUUUGGCGAGGGUAUCCUAGUGUCGCGUGUUGGUGGCCGAGCUCUAGUGAGCGUAGUGGACGGGGUGAACAGCGUAGUGCAGGACGUGGUGACGUCGGUCUUCAACAACUCGUACUUCUUGCCGUUACACUUCAGCGUGCAUGAUCAAGACGUCUUCUACUUCGUCAAGGAUAAUGCGUUGAAGAUUCGCGACGACAUGGAGGAACUUCAUCGACUUGGUAGUAUGUUCAACGUGUCUACGCAUGAAACGACGGAGCACGGUGCAGGUACAUGGAAAGAGUUAAGACUUCACAAUCCGGAUGCGGCCGUGGUGAUCAAGUACGGAGCUGAUCCCGAGCAGGAGCGGCACCGUAUACUGAAGCACGCGCACAAGCGUGCCGUCGAAAGAGCCUGGGAGAUCGAGAAGCAAUUGGUAAUGGCCGGUUUCCAGGGUAGAGGCGACUGGUCGAAGGAGGAGAAGGACGAACUCAUUAGCCGCGGCACGGUAGAUGGCUACGAGGGCGUCGACAUCCACAGCGUGCAUAGGUAUCCUCAGCUCGCCGACGAUCCCGGCAACGUCGCGUUCACCCGCGACACCAAGAGGAAAAGGCGGAAGAGCGGCAACAGGCGCAACAGAACUCACAGGCACGACUCGUGAUUCGAGGACACCACGUCGCGAGUUCAGAGUAUCGCUUGGGACUUGAUUCGCGCGUGAAUCCGAGAAGCGAGUAUGAUGGAACGGGAGAGAAAUGGAGCAGCGCGUCGAUGAGAAAUCGUUCUGCCGCUGCGUGUCGUAAACUUGCAUUUAAACUGCCAUUCACGCGAGCGGUCGGCGACGUCGCUUCCUUUCUCUCCUCAAUUCUCCUCUCGGCCUCUUGUCCUCCCCCCCUCCCCGCUCGUCUUCGACACGCGAUAUCUACCAUGAGCGACCACGAUGGCCCUUUAUCCGGUGCAACCUACCCCGUCGAUGUGCCAUAAGCGCAUCCACGCGAUUGCGAUCUAUCCUAGAUUCCUAGAUCAAUCAGUCGUGCAUGCGAAGACGGCGGGUGUGGGAACGGAUCGCGAAGUGUCAAAAUUAAGCUAGUCGCAUUAUUAACGAAAUGAAGAAUAUAAAGCUUGUUAUACAUGGUGAUUAGUUUAUAGAGAAACGGAAAGACACGAGAGAGAGAGAGAGAGAGAGAGAGGGAAGGAGAAAGAGAGAAAGAGAGGUGGUAAAAAUCAACGCGUGGAAGUAUGACAGGAACGAAAGUGCGUGCGUGAACUUUCAAAGUGCCGUCCGCGACGAAAUCCGGUAGUGUUUUCGCGAAAAGGAGGGUGGGUGGGAGUAUAGAGUGUGUCUUGGACUUUUUCGGAUCGUCGGUCGAAUAUUCGAGCCCGAUGUUAUUCAACAGGGUCUACAAGACGCACAUAGGCACGCACGCGGGAGCGAAGUCGUCACGUCGGAAAAUGCGAGGCGAGAGGAUAAUUUUCAGUAUAAAACAAAAUAAAGCUGACAUUUUCCGAACGUUCAGUUAUCUGACAUUCUGUUUGGAAUGCUCUCACCUCGUCAUUUCCGACGGAGACGUAUCUACCCGUGGAUAGAUACGUCUAAACCAACUGUCCGUGGACGUCGCUGUAGAUCGCGUCGCGAGACGCCGUAGAAAAAGCGAGAAAUUAUGAAUGAGAGAAUGAGAGAGAGAAAGAGAGAGAGAGAGAGAGAGAGAGAGAGAGAGAGAGAGAGACAAAGAAUAGCAGAUAUACAGCAGAUAUUUUUAACAAGGCGCAAAUUGGUGUACUAGAUGCGAAACAAGCAAUUGUAAAUAUAGCUACUCGAACUCUUAAUGGUAAAUGUAGAUAAAAUAUCGUAACGGAACGCGCGAGAACGAUCGUAAACUCAAGUGGAACUGUCGAUACCGCUUUUUUAUAUGUAUACAAAAGAGAAGCAUGACACGUACAUACACAUAUACGCAUGAAGGUACAGGAACUUGUGUCCCCGUGAUUGCGCGAACGCAAAAAAUGGGAUAAGUUCUAUCGGACGCGUCGCGAUCUUUUUUCGGAAAAAAAAUUAAUAAAUAACGUGAGAUUUUGUCGGGAAAAACGCGAUAUUCGCACGAAACGUACGGUUCACGUUAAAUCUCGACCCAGGCCUACGCACGAUUAACACAAACACACAAACACACUAUCGCUUUAAAUCGGAUGGCCGGAUGCGUAGCAUGAUCGGCAACGUUAUCUCAUUGAUUUUGCUGGCACGUGCAAACGCGUAAUUGAGCCAAGUAUAAAUGCGGCAUCUGGAAUCGAAAUCUAUCAAGUCCAUAAAAAUGUAAAAAAUUUAUUUUUAAAAAUAUAAUUUUUUUUGUUUAAAUAUGUAGUUUUCACAGGAUAUUGGGCAACUAGAGAAAGAAAACAAUAUUGAUUUUUUAAUAAUAAGUUUCAAAUAUAUAAUAAUUUAAAUUAAAAUUAAAUGUUGAAAAUUCCUAAAAUGCAAUAAGUAUUAAACAAAUUGGUAUCAGAAAGUAUCAAUCAAAAGUUACAAUUAUCAAUUUUUUUGUUUCAGAAUUGUUGCGCUGUCCAAUUUAUCAAUACAAUUAUUUCAUUCGAACUUUAUAGAUAGAUUUCAAACUUGAUAAAUUUUGAUCGUGACUGCCUGAGAUAUAAAUCUACCGAUUUAUCAUAGACAAUGUAGACACGUGUAAAUAGCAUCGGUAUCACAUAAACGUGUAAGAACUGCCGCAGCGUGAUAUCGUCACAUAAUAAAAAGUGACGUGACGGGACGAACGAUAGUCGUAACGGGAUGCGUUGAAGUAAUAAUGUCCAGAUGAAAUAAUAAUAAAAAUAAUAAUAUACGAUAAGUAUAAUAGGAAUAAUAAAUAGAGUAAUAAUAAUAACGGAGAAAACGAUAAUAUUACCAUUAUACGGAAAAUGCCCCGCCUAUCUUUCUACUAAAAAUGAAAAAUUAUUUUUUGAAUUGUGUCGUCGAAGAAGUCCUAUGUAACCGUGUGUAUGUGGGAUCGCCCUGUGAAAAAGAACCUCACCUCCGUGCUCCGCCGAAGAGAGCACCCCGGCAAAAAAUAGUUGGAUUAACGAAGAAUCGAUGUAUGUAGAGAGAUUCGUUUCGUCAAGUUAUAAAUUCCUAAUCCUCAAAAUAUAGGGGAUUGGUUUUACGAUGAUUGAAUUCUUUUCUAUAUCCUUUAAUACGUGUUCCAGGUUUUAAUUCCCAUCGGGAAGAAAAAAAUCAGAAAUUUUCGUGAAACGUUGAAAUAUGAAAUUUUUCCUUUAUAAAGAAUUAUAUUCUCCCAUCAGUACUUUCUCUCUCUUUUUUUAAGUUAUUACACUGAACACAAUCUUUUAUAACGCAAUUUUAAAACCAAUUUCACUGGUUUCGACGAUCAGGCAUUUCACGAAAUAAAUUUCUUUCGAUUCAUCUUAAUUCAUCUAUUUUUUACGGGGCACAACCUUAGCCCCUCCUCUCUGUAACUGAUAUAGCUGAACUUGUCGGUGUUUAUCAAUAUUGGGUAAAUAAGGAAAAAAAAGUAAAAAGUGUAGAAGUCUGUGGUUCGGGUCGAAUGAAGUAACCGACUAAUAGAAAGUAAAGAAUGCAAAAAACUGAUAUAACGCAUAAUAUAUAAAUAUAUAUAUAUAUAUAGGGGUACACGGUGGUGAGCCAACGUGCGAGCCCACGGAGCUCCACCACGUUGUGUUCCGCGUAGGCGAUAUAUAAU